AUGUCACAUAACUCAUCGGAUGGCAAGCGAAUAGAGCCACCGCGAAAAGUGGAUUUUAUGCUGAAACCGCGAUUCACCAACAAUGUUCCAGACGUUCCGUUCGAUGCGAAGUUCAUGCCAUGCCCAUUCGUGCCUCUCAGCAGAUUCGUCGAGUACAAGCAGUCAGGUAUCGAUCGUGACUGUAAGCACGCUGUCAUUUGUGACGAUGAUAUGGGUUUGAAUGUGGAUUUGAUUGAUUUGAGAAAAUAUGAUGAGGAUGUUGCGGGAGAAGUUGAGGAAUUAAACGAGAAGGAUCAAUACCUGCUUGAGGACGAAAAUACGUCAAAAAUGAGUCUGAAACGGUCGGCGCAGCACUCGAAACUUGUUCCGUGGAUGCGGAAAACCGAGUAUAUAUCGACGGAAUUCAAUAGAUUCGGUGUGACCGCUGAUCGACAGGAGACGAAACUUGGUUAUAAUUUGAAGAAGAAUCAACAGGUCGAGGAUAUGUAUCGUGAUAAGCAGAGCCAGAUUGAUGCCAUUAAUAAGACGUUCGAUGAUGUCCGCAAACCAAUCACCGAGCAUCACACGAAGAAGGGAGUGAAACCAGUCGAAGAGGCGUACAUUUUCCCAGAUUUCGAGCACUGGAAACAUCUAUUCGCUCAUGUUCAAUUCGACGGUGACACUGUGACGACUGAUUUGGCGGGUGCCGAGAAACGACAGGCUCAAGAGAGUUCUGUCAUUAAGGCGAUGGAAUUCGAGGAUCAGAAAUUCGCCGCUUUGUUCGUUCCGACGAUUGAAUGUCUGACUCAUAUGAUGGAGGAUUUGGAGAUGGAUCGAUCUUUCGAUCCAGAUCAGAAAUAUGAAUUCUUGUUGAGCAGAGAGUACGAUUUUAAGUAUGAACCAGUCGCACCACGAGACCGUGACGUCUUCGUCUUCUAUCAUCGUAACGGAAUCUACCAAUACAACGAGAUUGAGAGUAAUGUGAAAAUGACGAGACGCAGAAAGAUGGCUUUGAGUCGAGCCUCCAAACUGACGAUCCAAUAUCGACCAUUCACGGAGCAAGAGGAGGAGGGAAUGGAGAAGAGAGUGGACGAUUUGUAUGAGCAACCGAAGACACGAAAGCAGGAGAUGUUGGAGAAAAUUCAGGAGGAGAAGGAGAAGAAUGGCGGCGACAGCAGCGAUUCAGAAGGCGAGAAGUCGUCACGUAAGAAGGCUCCCAGCAGCAGCAGUUCGGCCGCCGAUUCAUCUGGAGACGAGGCGCCAAAGAAGAAACUUCCGAUCUCGGAUAGCGACAGUGAUUGA